AUGACUGGAGCAGCCUCCUCCGUCGUCAAGCAGGCGUCGCGAGCCUGUUCUCGCUGUCUACCGUCCGGUACCAUAUUCGGUGCAUCACAUUUCCGGCCUACCGUUGUCGCCACCUCACGACUUAUCAAUACUCGCAAUUAUGUGUCGGAAUCGAAGCCUUCUUCGGCCCAGGUCACUGAUGUGCAGUCGGCCAUCAAAGCGGACCAGAGAAAGUUCACCGAGGAGAGUGGCAAUCUCCCCUCGCAGGUAAAAAUGCCUGGUGCGCAGAUAACAGCGGAUGCCAUGAUGAGCCCUCAAGCGGGUAUACUCAAACAUGCAAGUAUUAUGGAUCAGGGCUCUCGGCCGAUCUACCUCGAUGCGCAGGCCACCACUCCCGUUGACCCAAGAGUCCUCGAUGCCAUGCUGCCAUUUUUGACUGGGCUCUAUGGCAAUCCCCAUUCGCGCACACACGCGUAUGGGUGGGAAAGUGAAAAGGCAGUCGAACAAGCUAGAGAGCACAUUGCUAGACUGAUUGGGGCCGAUCCCAAGGAAAUCAUUUUCACCAGCGGCGCCACUGAAAGUAACAACAUGAGCAUCAAGGGUGUCGCUAGGUUUUUUGGCAGAUCGGGCAAAAAGAAACAUAUAAUCACAAGUCAGACUGAGCACAAAUGCGUCUUGGAUAGCUGUCGACAUCUACAAGACGAAGGCUUUGAGGUGACCUAUCUGCCGGUCGACUCCAAUGGCCUAAUCGACCUUGCACAGCUCGAAGCCGCUAUCAAACCCGAGACUGCCUUGGUCAGUAUCAUGACUGUCAACAACGAGAUUGGAGUCAUCCAACCUGUGAAGGAAAUUGGGCAACUUUGUCGAUCCAAGAAGGUCUACUUCCACACCGAUGGAGCCCAGGCAGUCGGGAAGAUUCCCAUUGAUGUGAAUGAAUGGAAUGUUGAUUUGAUGUCCAUUUCGAGCCACAAGAUCUACGGCCCAAAGGGUAUUGGAGCUUGCUACGUCAGAAGACGACCUCGUGUCAGGUUGGACCCCAUCAUCAGCGGAGGCGGGCAAGAAAGAGGUCUCCGAAGUGGUACCCUGGCGCCGUUCCUUUCUGUUGGCUUCGGGGAGGCCUGUCGCAUUGCGAAAGAGGAGAUGGAAUACGACUCGAAGCGUAUCGCGGCCCUGUCGAAGCGGCUGCUUGAUGGCUUACUCGCCAUGGAGCACACAACCCUCAACGGUGACCCUAAACGCCACUACCCAGGUUGCGUUAAUGUUUCUUUUGCCUACGUCGAGGGAGAGUCUCUCUUGAUGGCGCUCAAAGAUAUCGCUCUUUCGUCCGGCAGUGCUUGUACUUCGGCGUCGCUCGAGCCAAGCUAUGUCCUGCGAGCUCUUGGAAACAGUGACGAGAGUGCUCACAGCAGCAUCCGAUUCGGAAUUGGACGAUUCACCACAACCAGUGAGAUUGACUACGUUCUGAACGCUGUUCGGGAGCGAGUUACUUUCCUGCGGGAAUUGAGUCCUCUCUGGGAACUUGUCCAAGAGGGUGUGGAUCUGAACACCAUUGAGUGGAGCCAACACUAG